UGCCUAUGAAGUAAAAAAUAAUUUUGCCCUGUUUGGUUGUUUAUGUCUUGAUGAACACAGCUAAACGGUUUUAACCGAUCAAAGGCACUUUCUUGUCGUAUUUUUUGAACCUCAAAGUUUGGAUUUCGCAACCUGAAAUGGGUCUGUUUUGCGCGCGGUCAAAACGAUCAUCUUACACAGGAAGUGACGUAGUUGGUGGUUCUGAAGGCGAUAGUGUCAUGGUGGACAAGAGAGCAAAGAAGGGAGCAAAGAAUUAUUGCGCGGCCGGUGGCCCCAAUAAAGUCAAUUGUUCCAACAAAACCGGGACGCCUGGAAUUUCCAUGCAUUACUUUCCCAAGGAGGAAAGUUUGCGGCAGAAAUGGACGCGAUUUGUCCGGAUAAAUCGGGACGAUUUCGUGCCGAAGAAGUCGUCGUGCUUGUGUUCCGUUCACUUUGACGAUAGUUGUUUCGAACACAAGCCGGUGUCUUUAAUGGAUGCAACUGGAGAAGUUAUUACGUUAAAAAAACGGCUGAUAAAAGGUUCAGUACCAACAAGGACUGCUGUUGUGCCCUAUACGUCUCCUUUGACUGACCGAAAGCGGCGAAGAAUCUGCAGAGAGGUGAUGCAUGACCCUCCCGGCAAGAAACUAAAGCUCAGUGCCACAUCAACCUGUAGCACCACUGUAACAUCAACCUGUAGCACCACUGCCACAUCAACCUGUAGCACCACUGCCACAUCAACCUGUAGCACCACUGUAACAUCAACCUGUAGCGCCACUGCUACAUCAACCUGUAGCACCACUGCCACAUCAACCUGUAGCACCACUGACACCUUGACAGAAAGCACAUGUGAUACAAAUCUUGGCCCAAGCACAUCUUUGGAUAUGAUGUUAUCAGCAUCACCUUCCCCUGGUUCCAGUACAGCUACCUGUACCUCCGCUGCCACUUCUGUUCCUACAUCUCAAGUGAAUUAUGAGGCUACUCCUCACCUUACCCCCAGUUGUCCAAUCACUCAUACCCCACAGCAGCCUGGUAAAUGUAAACGCUGUGAGAAGUAUUCUAAGAAAACGCGGUCACUGUCAAAGAAGCAUAACCGGCUUAAAAAGAAGUAUGCAAAGCUAGAAAACAAGUUGAAGGAGUUGCAGAGUGUUCAGGAGACAGAGAAAGAGAUGGAGAAUGAGGAGUGUGCUGUUGAGAUGGAAGAGGAGCCCAAGGAGGAGCUCAAGGAGGAGCUCAAGGAGGAUGUAGAAGAUGAAGUGGAGGACACUGACUGGGGCCCACAUGAAGAUAGUGCACCAUCAACAGAAGAUUACUCUUCACAAAGUGAAGAAGAGCGUGAUGGUAUUGAUUCCAGCAACACAGUGAGGGUUGAACCAGGAACAUCUUGCUACAAGGAGCCCAAGUUCAUUGUUUUUUUUACCAAGCUCCUUUGCCUCUUCUCCCUGUUUUGUUUCAAGUGUAAGGGGGAGAAACCCAAGGUCACAAUGAAACAAAGAGGAACCAUGGUAAUUGUCAACCAACACUGCUUCACCUGUGGUGACAAUUCCUUUUCAUGGAAGUCACAGCCAAUGAUGUUUAAUGGGAGGUACCCCGCUGGAAAUGUGCUGCUAAGCUUCAGUAUCCUCAUGGCCGGAGCAUCUAUUAGCAAGAUUCUCUUGGUAUUCAAGCACAUGGGCCUGUCAGCAUACAAUGCAAGGACAUUCUUUUUCCACCAAAAGAAUUUUCUGUUCCCUGCUGUCCUUGGCUACUGGGAGCAUUGUCAAGCAGCCCUCAUUGAGAAAAUCAAGAACAUGAAGGAUGCUGUGUGGAGUGGGGAUGGGCGGUUCGAUUCCAUGGGGCACAGUGCCAAAUUUGGUGUUUACACCAUGUUCUGUAAUACCAUUCUAAAGGUGGCACAUUUUGAACUUCUUCAGGCAAAUGAGACUGGUGGCAGUUCACCAAUGGAGCUGGAGGGAGCUAAACGUGCAUUUUCAUAUCUCCAAUCAGUUGGCCUCAGAGUUGUAGUCUUUAUAUCUGAUCGCCACAGGGGCAUUGCCAAGUGGAUACGGGAAAGCCAGCCUGGUUGUGCCCAUUACUUUGACAUCUGGCACAUUGCUCGAUCCAUUGGAAAGAAGAUGCUGCAGCUGGGAAAAGAGAAGGGCUGUGAGAAGAUAGCUGACUGGGUAAAAGGAGUCCGUAACCAUCUCUACUGGUGUGCCACAUCCACCAAGGAGGGCUUUCAGGAGAUGAUCAUGGCCAAAUGGAAGUCUUUCAUGGAGCAUGUUGCCAACAAGCAUGAAAAUCAUCCCUCUCCACUUUUCAAAAAGUGUGCGCAUGAUGAGAUUGAUAACAGACGGUGGAUCAGGAUAGGAACUACUGCAUACAAUAAACUGCACAAGCUACUGACAAGUACAAGACUUGUAAAUGACAUCAAGCAGCUGUCUCCAGACGCUCAGACUAGCUGUCUGGAAGGGUUCCAUUCAACCCUUAACCACUUCCACCCAAAGAUGGUCUGCUUCUCUUGGUUAGGGACAUUUUGCAGACAUAUUCUUGCCUCCCUUCAUUUCAAUGAAAAUCUGCUCAGGGAAACCAAAAAAACAGAGGAUGGAAAGGACUACUAUAAAGUGACAUACCCAAAAUUUAAACUUGGUGAGGAAGUUGUCAGGGAGAUUGCUGUUCCACCAACGUAUGAUUAUGUUGCCAAAAUAUGGGAAGAUCUCCUUGGCAUGAGUGAAGAAAAACGGAAGAGUGUGGCUGAAAAGUACAGUGCCAAAGUUCCUCAGCCACUCAACUCACAAUUUCCUGACCGUGCGAAAAAAUCUGAGGCAGUAGGUCGUUACGAAGAGAGAAAGGAAAAGGAGGUGACCAAACUCUACCCUCCAGCUGAAGAGCAAGAUGCCCUGCAAGCAAGCUCAAACACAGCUCAGCCCACAAGUAAAAGAAAAAGACAGCCGCACAAAUGUCGUAAAUGUGGGCAGCCAGUGAAGGACCAUGAUGACCAAGCCUGUAAAUCAAACCAACAGUAAUUAGACAAUGAAGUGAUUUUACAAUGGUCAUGAUACAAUUCAAUAAUGAAUUAAGUUUUCAAUCUUUCCCUGCAUUUUACACAUCUUUUUGCAUUUCUCAUUUGUCUACAAUAAUUAUUUAUUACUUGUUGCAGUAAAUAAUUCAAUACACUGAUCAUUGAAUACAAAAAUGUAUUUUUAAAAUUCACAACACCUCUUAGUAGUAUAACAAACCGCAGAUAGAUAAGUUCUUGUUUGAAAUCCUACACUGAAUUGUUCAUAUGUAAGUUACAAAUACUUUCAUAAAAUCACAAUGUUAAAAACUCAUGAGUUCCAGCUUGUAAUAUCAAUAAAUUAAACAACAAUAACCGACCUGUCAAAUAUAAAAUUACAGAAGGAAAACUGACAAUAAAAAUUACAAAAUUCCCAAUAAAUCUAUUUUACAUAUUG